AUGGCUUUUCUUGUAUGCAAUCUCACUCUUUCUCUGUUUCCACAAUCUAAAUCAAUAAUCAGAGGCAAACCCUUUCACCAAACCCUUUCAUCUUCAAAACCCAUUUCUCAAUGCUCUUUAAUCUUCACUUCUUCUUCUCCUUCACUUCAAACUUCCACUGCACAGGUUGCUCAGGUUAAUACACCAUUAGCUACUCAAGAUAAACAGAAUCAGCAUCAGAAGGAUGAUUUUUAUCUCAAUCUUGGUCUUGCUGUUAGGACCCUUCGUGAGGACAUGCCCUUGAUCUUUGUUAAAGACCUUAACUAUGACAUUUAUAGGGAUGAUGUAACAUUCCUGGACCCUUUGAACACAUUUACUGGUAUUGAGAAGUACAAAUUGAUCUUCUGGGCAUUGAGGUUUCAUGGUAGAAUUUUGUUUCGUGAGAUUGGUUUGGAUGUAUACAGAAUAUGGCAGCCUUCGGAGAAUGUGAUAUUGAUCAGGUGGAACUUGAGGGGUGUGCCUAGGGUUCCAUGGGAGGCUAAAGGUGAAUUUCAGGGUACUUCGCGGUAUAAAUUGGAUAGAAAUGGGAAAAUAUAUGAACAUAAAGUUGAUAAUUUGGCAUUCAAUUUCCCACAGAAGAUGAUGAAACCGGUUUCGGUCUUGGAUUUGGUUACUGCUUGCCCUGCAAGUCCAAAUCCAACAUUUUUUUGGGGUCCUUUGGAUUCCAACUCUUGCUCAUGGAUAGAGUUUUAUCAAGCAGUUAAGAACACGUUGGACCAAGAGAGACAAUUGCUACCACAAGAUGGUUUGGCUACAUGUUCAUAG